CUUAAAUUGGUAUACCUGAGAGCAAAAACGUGCAUUAUAUACAGCAGUCUUUUGAAAAAUAGCAGUCUUUACUCAAAAUUAAAUCUUUGUCUUCAAAAACAUCGUGUAGCUGAAUGAUUAACUCGUGUCAUCAGGAUGUUUUUCAGACAUUUGAGACGAAACUCAACGAGUUCAAUCCAUCGAUUUUUGUAAUUGGUGCGGUAACAUUUGAUUUGACCAAUUAUCAGUGUCAAUCGAACCUUGUUGAUAGUUCGAUUGAGGAUCCCGUUUUAUUAAGCGUAAUUUUGGUUGAAGGUGAAAUAUUCGAAUGUUUGGAACCGUUUUCUAUCUUCUGAAAUAAAAACAGUGAAGAUCUUAUUUUAGUACUAUUUUCGUUAUGAAAUUAUAACAAUGCAUUAUGACCUUAUGGCGUGUUUGUGCUACCGGAAAGUCAUGAAGUGACUUUUUUCUUAAUAUUGGCAAUUAGUUAUGGUUUUUCCAUUUGAAUUACCGGUUCACUAACAUCUGCUUUUUGACUUAAGAGCUGUGGAAAAAAGUCUGCCAAAUUAAAAGGAACUCAGUGUUAAAUAUAAUACGUGUGAAAAUGAAGAAAACUUUAUCGCAUAAAAUCGUUAAGUUUUCCAGGAAAAAGAAAAACUUAUUAGGUGUUUUGUUGUUAGUUAUUCUUGUAUUUUUCUCCUUGAAUUAUUAUUUUCUACUCGAUCUUUCAUUAGAAAUUAAUUAUCCGUUCCGGUCAUCAAAUGUGCUAUCAAAACAGCUGCAAAAAAUAGAAGCGCGAAUUGACCAAAAUCUGAAGCUAUCAGAACUUAGACAGCUUUAUUUUGGGACUUCAGGGUACAAAGUGUGUGAAAACUCGAAAGGAAACUGGCCCGAUUAUUUUUGGACCAUAAAACCUGAAGAUGAAAUGAAGUUGAAAAUUUCUAGGUACAGACUUGAGCUUUCGUCGUCCUUCUCCUCGCGUAACCGGAUGAUGCCUCUCAUUAGAAAUGUGACCCCUGACCUAGCCAGGAGGAAGGCGGUGUUGUUUGUGGGGGUGAAUGGGGCGGGUCACGAUAUAGUGCAGAAAGAGUUCAGGCCAAUAUGCGCACAGGCAUCGGACAAGCGUGUGUGUAGUCCGUUUGGUACUUACGCAAGACUAGCGGGAACUUGUACGCGGGAUGUGAACAGAGACGAGACGCCAUUUGCCAAUAGACAGAAUCUGGACCAACUCAUCUACGACCUCCAACACCACCCCCAUCCUGUCAUAUUUCUCAAUACCCUUUAUGGUGCUUCUCAUUUGCCUUAUCCAAAAUGCUACCGCGAUUCUCCCGGCAGCGAGCAAGAUGCUGAAAAGCAGCGAAGCAGACCUCUAGUCACAUAUCCUAAUUUACGACACAUAGCCGAAAUAUGUUCUCUACUAGCUAUAGAUCUCCGAAUAGUUCUCGUCAUCAGAAAUCCCGAGUCAGCUCUGUUUUACAAUCCGAUUGCCGGAGACGUCAGCGAAUCGGCUUUACUGCUUAUUGAAGCCUUUCAUGAAAUCCGAAACCAGUUGUCAAAUAUUGACCCUAGCUUUCUGGCAUCUUGUAUAGAUGUUGACGCAGAUUCCGAAAAACAAAAAGAGCUCAUGAUGCCAUUAUUCAUUGAAGAAAUGGGUUUACUGAAUACGACAGCUGAAAAUGUUGCGAAAAGGUUUUCUAGCUCAACAAAAUCAGACUGCGUUGAGCAAAUUGAUAACGCGAAUUUGAGUAAUGUUUCAGAGCAGUUCAAAAAAUUGUAUAAAGAAGCUAUUGUUUUGAAAAAUUUGUGUUAUUCUUUGUAAGCGAACUUCUUGAA